UCCCUCAUUCAUCCCCUUCGUCCUUCCUUUAUAUCCCCGUCGGAAUUCCAAGAUUUCCGACAGCACUUUAAGGCAGCAUUAGUUAGAGGUCCAGCGCUGCGAACAAACAAAUCGUGCGGAACAAACAAAGUAAGGGUAAACAACCAUGAGUCGUCCCGGAAAUGUAUUGACAGCUACGUUUACGACAUUAACUCUCCUACUUUGCCUGUGUUCCGUCAGAGGUGACUACUGUGAGGUGAAUGUUUGCCAUAACGGAGGAACAUGCGUGACAGGCAUAGGAGAGGAUCCGUUCAUCUGCAUCUGUACGGACGGCUUCGGGGGAGACACCUGCAACCUGACGGAGAUCGGACCCUGCAGCCCAAACCCCUGCAAGAACGACGGGUCGUGCGAGGUCAUCACUCCAACCAGACGAGGAGACGUUUUCAACGAGUACGUCUGCAAGUGCCGGCCCGGCUUCGAGGGAGUACACUGCCAGAUCAAUGUGAACGACUGUGCCAACCAGACCUGUAAGAAUGGAGGGGUAUGUCGAGAUCUCGAAGGCGACUACACGUGCCAAUGCCCCUCGCCGUACGUUGGAAAGCAGUGCCAGCUGAGUUGCGUUUCUCUGCUGGGGAUGGAGGGAGGAUCGAUCGUGGAGUCCCAGAUUUCCGCCUCCUCUUUGCACCACGGCAUUCUGGGUCUUCAGCGCUGGGGCCCGGAGUUGGCUCGACUCAACAACCAGGGCAUCGUCAACGCCUGGACGUCGUCCGCCCACGACAGGAACCCCUGGAUCGAGAUUAACAUGCAGAAGAAGAUGCGUCUGACGGGCAUCAUCACUCAGGGUGCCAGUCGCAUGGGCACGUCGGAGUACGUCAAGGUCUUCAAGGUGGCGAGCAGCUUCGAUGGGAACGCUUACACCACUUACAGAGUGGAUGGCCAACGGAGGGACAAGGUUUUCAUUGGCAACACGGAUAACGACAGCACCAAGACCAACCUUUUUGACCCUCCUAUCGUGGGCCAGUACGUCCGCAUCAUCCCCGUGGUUUGCCGCAGGGCCUGCACGCUGCGCAUGGAGCUGGUGGGCUGUGAACUCAAUGUUUAUUCAAACGCGGCAGGUUGCUCCGAGCCUCUGGGAAUGAAGUCUCGCCUCGUCUCCGACGGGCAGCUUUCGGCCUCCAGCUCUUUCCGCACGUGGGGCAUCGAUACCUUCACGUGGCACCCUCAGUUCGCCCGACUGGAUAAGCAGGGAAAGACCAACGCCUGGUCUCCUGCACACAACAACCGCUCAGAGUGGAUCCAGGUCGAUCUAGAGAAGACAAAGCGCCUCACAGGCAUCAUCACUCAGGGGGCCAAGGACUUUGGGGUGCUGCAGUUUGUGACACUGUUCAAAGUUGCUUACAGUAUCGAUGGAGAGUCCUGGAGUCUGGUGAAGCAGGAGAACACCGGCAACGAUAAGCUUUUCCAAGGCAACAUUGACAACAACGCCCACAAGAAGAAUCUCUUCGAGCCUCCGUUCUACGCCCGGUACGUCCGCGUCGUCCCUUGGGAGUGGCACGAGCGCAUCACUCUGCGCAUGGAGCUGCUGGGUUGCGAUGAUUAGAGCCUCCUCCAUCCAACAGUGCUCCGUCCUCAUCCGGCCGCUCCAUCUCCUCAACCGCAGAGGAAUAAAGGUCCUGUAGGCUGCUGGGACUGUGACACUUGUAGCACUUUCUAACUUUAAUGUCCAUGUCGAUACCAUUUGUUUUCACACGUUGUUUGACGUACAGAGUCCUGUAUGAAGUAUCAAUGAGUUGAAUUUUAAUAGCGUUGGAUAAAAACUAACUUUGCUCUUGGUUCAUUUUAUUUACUCCUGAUCUCCUGAUAGUCGUGCUCUUCACCUCAAAGCUAAAUUGCCAGUUUUAACCAGUUAGCAACCCCAUCUUUUUGUUUUAACAGUGUUCGGAGGACAGAUGACAAAUGACGCAGGGCCUGUGCAAUAAUAUUUUUGUAUUUUGAACAAUCCUGAAAGAGAUAAUAAUGUUCAAGAGUGGAAAAUUAAAAUGUGUCAAAUUUGAACUGCAGCCCACAGAUCUGUCAAUCAAAUGUUGGACUUUUCAUGUAUUCUUUACACAUUUCAGCUGAUUUUCUUUCCACUUAGUUCUUACAAAUAGAUUCGUUGCAAUUUAAAUAAUUUUUACAACAAAUGUGAAAUGUGUAGAAAGAUGUGUAGAAAAUUAACAUUGUUUUACAUUCUUUUUUUAAUUAUAAUUAUUAUUAGUACUAUUAUUAUUAUUAUUCAUUGUUGGUCUUGAACUGAGAUCGUUUAUUAAAUAUUAAAAUUGUAAUCUU